AUGUUGUUAAUCGAACAUUCGAUGAAAACGCUAUUCGUAAUAGUCCUAUUAAAAGGUCUAAUCAACUGUAAUAAUGCAGCUGAUAACGCAACCAGCGAGGAAUACUAUAAUCCCUAUGAAGAUGAACAUCGUUUGAUUUUGUGGAAGAAUUUAUUUAUAAAAGUAAAUACCCUUUUGACGCAAUCAGAAAAUCUUAAUGAAAAGUUCAACUGGACAACAAUCUUGCGACGCAUGGAUGGUUCUGUUAAUUUUUACAGAAACUGGACCGAAUAUAAAAACGGAUUCGGCAAUCCACCACAUGGAGAAUUUUUCAUUGGCCUCGAAAAAUUACAUAAACUAAUCACAGCUGUUCCAAUCGUCGAAUUAAAGGUUAUUUUAAAAUCCUGGGAUGAUGAAGAACGUUACGCCAUCUAUGAUGGUUUUCAGAUUGGCAACGAAACCGAAAAAUAUAAAUUGAAAUAUUUGGGUGCUCAUAGCGGAACAAUUGAAGAUAAGCUGUCAAAACAUUUGGGACUACAAUUUAGUACCUUCGACGAAGAUAAUGAUACUGCCAGUUCUAAUUGUGCCCAAUCGUAUGAAGGUGGUUGGUGGUUCACUGAUUGUUAUUUUUGUCAUUUAACUGGACCAUAUCGACAAAAAGAAAAUGCUACCUCAAAGGGUGUUUCUUGGAAUAGUUUGCCGUGGAAAGGCAUUAAUUAUUCAUUUAAAUAUGCAGAGAUGUUAAUACGCCCCAAAGUAAAGUAUUAA